AUGACCUCCCACCGCGCCGACGCCAGCACCUUCCUCGACAACCGAGGCUACAGCGGCCCCCUAGUCCGCGGCGUGAACCCAGCGACUCUGUUCGAAAAAGCCGUUCGCGACCGCAUCACCGACUCCUACUACUGGAAAGAGCAAUGUUUCGGUCUCAACGCCGCGACGCUCUGCGAUCGCGCCGUGGAAUUGACCUCCAUCGGGGGUGUCUACGGCGUAUCCGAAAAGCCAUCCCCAUUCCUAUGUCUCGCAUUCAAGCUCCUCCAACUCAACCCAGAGCGGGAUAUUAUCCUCGAGUAUUUGAAUUUCAGCGAUCCUGCCAACGAUGAAGAUUCCACGGGACACGAAGAAAGAGAACACGAUGAUGGUGUUGUGAAAGCACGCGGCGAUUUCAAAUACCUUCGCGCACUAGCGGCAUUUUACGUGCGGUUGACGUUCGAGCCCGUGGAGGUGUACAAGACGCUGGAACCGCUGUUGUUGGAUUAUCGGAAGUUGAAGAGGCGGGUGCGGGAUUCGUUUACGUUGACGUAUAUGGAUCAGUUUGUGGAUGAGUUGUUGACGAAGGAGAGAGUUUGUGGUACGAGUUUGUGGAAGUUGCCUGCUAGGCAGGUUUUGGAGGAUUUGGAUCUGUUGGAGGUCAGGAUUAGUCCGUUGCAGGAUGAGUUGGAGGAGAUGGAGAGAAGUGACCGGGAGGAGGAGGAUGAUGAUGAGAAGGAUGAUGCGGAUGAGGGGAGUGAGGAGGGGGAAAGGCAGGGACGCAAGCAGAAUGCUGCGCAAAAGCCUGGAUCCCUGAGGCUGUCGGUUAGACGGUGCGGGAUUGAUGACUAUCAGAUCCAUGUGGUGGUCCACAGGUUGUGCUGUCUAGCACCUACUCUCGCUGCUGAUUUGCAGCCAUUCGGGACCGCUCCAGCGAUAUCUACGUUCGGUGAAACGAUACGUAAAGUGACAGGCUACUGCUGCAGCUACGGAUUCUUAGCCUCCAUUGAAGCACAACGCAUGGCAUAG